UUGUUGAUGACGCAUUCUUCAUGCGACCGAGAUUUGUAUCGCGCGCUGAAAUAGCUGUCGAUGUCUAGUUUGGAGGCAGGGUUUUCUCCGAUUAGCAACUGUUUUUAAUUUGAGAACGACAAGACGAUCUACCAUGUUUACGCCUCGUGCCACCCCUGGUGGGUCCCGUAGGCAAUCGUCAAGGAUUACUGGUAGAAGGAGUCUCGCUAGCACUACACCAACGGGUUUACUUUUUUCCCCUCGCAGGACUUCGCUUGCUUCAAGGUCAACUCCCACGCGCGUACAGAGCUAUUCAACCGCAGAGACGGUCCACUUCGAUGUCCAAACUUUCGGUUCCUCCUUACCUGUCAAAGUCAUGGAAGCUCUGACCAUGGCCGAAGCCGACGACCACAUUUCAGUGAAGGUGGAUGAAAGUGGUUGGGCUUGGAUGGUAUGUGGAGAGAGACUGAUCAUAUGGAAGAUCUGCCAGACGGCUGUGGCCAAGUUGUCCGUGUGUAAGGAUGUCCAGUUGCCCACCAGUGAGUUCGCCUACAAUGCUAAUCUCAUUGCGAUUGUAUCUCCUUGCCCAUUGGAGUCAGCAACAGUUCAGUCCAUUAUGGUCUUGGCAGUAGCACCAGAGGGAACAGCCAGGUUUUGGCCUAGCUUGGCCCACGAGGGAAACUACAUAGAGACUGUAGUGGACAUGGGAGAAAACCUGAGCAACUUUGUCAUUGCUGUUAAGGGUUGCAGUUUUGUAGCUUCAUCUUUCCAAGGACAGCUGAUGCGUCUUUGGACAGACUCAUCAGGAAAGCUCCAUCAGAGGGCAUUCCAACCCGGUCAUGGGAUGUUGUCUGGGAUCGGACGCAGAGUCUCCAGCCUGUUUGGCAUUCUUGCCCCUCCCACAAAUGAUACACUCCACAGUGUGCUGUGGGUGGGGGACAAGGCUGUCCUGUACACCCUCACUUCCUCCAGACUGAAUAAGUGGGAGAUGGAGGAGAGCUCUGAGGUGCAGGUCCUGAGCUGGAACACCAAUCCUGCCCUUACAGAGAGUAUCAGAGAUUCCGUUUGGGGGUCUGAGAGCAACUAUGAGGAAAUAAAGGAAGGUGUGAAAGUGGUUUACCUGGACAUGCAGCUCAGUCAGAAUGGUCUGGUGGUGUUAGCAGCUGCAUGGCACCCAUCUGAUGUGCCCUGCCUGGCAUAUUUUUGCCUGGUCACCUUGCUGGAUAAUGGCACCAACAUCUCUGACGAACUGUCAGUGGAGGUCACCAAGUUCAACCCACCGUUCCAGAGUGAAGAUGCUCUCCAGACCACUAGGUUGGUGUUACCGAGAGCCUCUAGCACUGCAGCCUUUCUCUACAAUGAUGAGUUGGUGUUUGCCUGCUCUACAGGCACAGGCAGAGGAGGUCUGCCCGAGGAGAAAAUCCUCUUCAACUCUCCUGGAGACCACCUUCGAGGUGGGGGCUGCUGUGCCAACCUGCCUGUGUUUUUCUCCCAGAACAGCGGGCUGGUGGCGGUGGUCUCCAGGGAGAGCCCCUCCAUCCUGCCAGAGACCAUGGAGGACUCCCUAUGCUCCUCGCUGGCUGGGGCUGCACCUGAGGCAACUGCCAUGGAGACUCCUUCCAGAAUGGAGUGUGUUGCUCCAGAGGACAAAAUUAAACUCCUCAAAGCUGCUUUCCUACAAUUCUGUCGGCAUGACGUGGUUGGGGCCCAGACUAUGACAGAUGAGCUGUUCCCCCCAGAAGGGGAGGGCGAUGGGGACUUAGACGCCCUGGUGACCCGCAUCAGCCUGGAUCUGGUGGAGGACUACCCCGCCUCGGACCCCCGCUGGGCAGAGUCUGUUCCUGAAGAGAGUUCUGGCUUCCCUCUGACCUCCUUAAUCAUCCUUCACCAGCUGGAGGACAAGAUGAAGGCUCAUGGCUGCUUCAUGGACUUCUUGCUUCAGGUGGGGCUCCUGGAGCAUCUGGGCCAGUCGUCUGUGCGCUCCUUGCCCAUGGCCACGCGGCUGCUGCUGUGCGAGCACGCCGAGAUGCUGCAGGCCGCCGCCGUGUUGAAAAACCACCACGCCAAGCAGCCCCAGUUGCUCAACCGGGCCAUCCUGGCCGCCCUACAGAGGGCCCACAACACCAUGCCCCCAAGCCUGACACCCGCAGAUGUGUUCUUCAGAGAGGUGUCUCAGAUCUCCUCAAUCUUCGAGUGUCUCCUGGAAGAAGAGGAGAAGAGCCUGAAAGAGAACCCGACGGAUUCUGCAAACUGGGCCGAUGUAGUGCUUAGUGUCAACACAAUCAUCAAGGACAUGCUGCAAGCUGCAGGGCAGUACAGGGAGACCAAGGCUUCCGUCUACAGAGCGCCUGAGAACGCCCCUGCUGAACCUGAAUACAUUCCAUGGACAGCCUCCAGCAACGUACGAGGCGUCAUCUCUCGCCAGUACGAGCUCAUUCUGCGCCAGGUGUACCCUCAGGCCGACUCUGCGCUUCGCGGUGCCCUGAGCGAGCAGCUGGGGGCACUGUUGGACAUCUGCCUGGGCAGCUUUGUAGCCCAGCUGAACUCUCUGGCCCGGCCCGAGUUACAGGAACGCUACAACACCCUGGAGAUGGAGUACACCCAGCGACGCUCCCAGCUGCUCUCGCCGCUGUUGGAGUUGGGUCAGUACCAGUGGGCGGCAGCACUGGCUGAGAAGUACUGCGACUUUGACAUCUUGGUCCAGAUGUGUGAGUUAACAGACAACCAGACCAGGCUACAGCACUACAUGACCAAGUUUGCUGACCAGAACUUUGCAGACUUCCUUUUCCGCUGGUAUAUGGAGAAGGGGAAGCGAGGGAAGUUGUUGUCUCAGCCCAUCGCCCAGCACCAGCAGCUAGCCAGCUUCCUGCAGGCCCACCAACAUCUCAGCUGGCUGCAUCACAUCCAUGGCCAGGACUUCCAGAGUGCUCACAGAACCCUGUACAGCCAGGCUGGCAUGGAGACCCGCUACUUUGUGAAGAAGAAGACUUUGAUGGCUUUGAGCAAGCUAACUGCCCUGGCCUCAGACAUGCCUGAGGCAGCCAUGCAGAAACACAUUGAAGACAUUGUAGAGCAAGAGAGGUUCCUGUUACACCAGGAGACUCUGCCCAAACAGCUACUGGAGGACAAACAACAGAACCCCAACACCAUGCCUCUGCUCAGCGCUCACAACCUGAUCAGUCUGUACAUUUGCCAUGACAACAGACGAGCUAAUGAGUAUGACUUUAAGAAGGCUCUGGAUCUGCUCGAGUAUAUAGACAAGGAGGAUGCCGUGGACGUAGAGGCACUCAAGUGUGAGAUCCUCUGCAAAGCCCUCAAGAAAGACAACUGGUCAUCUUCUGAUGGGAAUGAUGAUCCAUUGGAGGCUGCCAAGGAUAGCAUAUUUGUAAAGAUCCUCCUCAAACUCAUUCAAGAAGGAGUUCCUCUACAGACUUACCUACCUGAUGUUAAAGAUCUGCUAGAAUAUGAGGAAUUGGGAAGUUUGAAGUCGAAGCCCUACUUUGAGUUUGUGCUGCGCGCCAACUAUGAACAUUACCUGCAAGCACAGAUUUGACACCUUUACCCGGACACCCACUUCCACAGUUGCACAUGUGCACACAUUUCUCAUCCUUUGAUUGACAAGAUUGCAUUUUUGAAAUAAAUUGCAUAUUUCUGUAA